UGAAAUACAGAGGAGGUUUUAUUGAUAGGCAUAGGCAAAACAUAUAUGAUGUGUUAUAGGCUUUAACGUUUUUUAUGCAUAAGUGUUGAAUUUUCCAUAUUAAUGCAUCGUAAAUCCGAUGCUAUACUGUACAUCAAUAGAAAUAACUGGUUUACAAAAGUGUAGUGAUGGAGUACAUCAGAACGCCAAAGGUUGAGAAUGUUCGUCUUCUGGACAGGGUUUCCUCCAGGAAAGCACCAGUUGGAACUUUGUACCUGACUGCCACGCAUGUCAUCUUUGUGGAAAAUGUGUCUGAAACUCGCAAAGAAACCUGGAUUCUUCACAGUCAGAUAUGUGCUGUAGAAAAGCAGUCAACUUCAGCAACAGGGUGCCCGCUUCUCAUUCGCUGCAAGAACUACCAAGUUAUUCAGUUUAUCAUCCUGCAGGAAAGGGACUGCCAUGAUGUUUACAUCUCAUUAAUGCGCCUGUCACGUCCAGAGAAAUAUGAGGAGUUGUAUUGCUUCUCCUUCAACCCCAAUCUGGAUAAGGAAGAGAGAGAACAGGCCUGGAAUUUUAUUGACGUCAAGGCUGAAUAUAAGCGAAUGGGAGUUCCAGUUCAACUCUGGUACAUCACCCAUUUAAACCGGGACUAUGAGGUUUGUGAUACCUACCCAACCGAGCUUUAUGCACCAACAUCGGCAACUCCACCAAUCAUAAUAGGGAGUUCCAAGUUCAGGAGCAGAGGACGCUUCCCUACCCUGUCCUACUACAAUCAUGAUAACCACGCCUCAAUUUGCCGAAGCAGCCAACCUUUGUCAGGCUUCAGUGCUCGCUGUCUGGAAGAUGAGCAGAUGCUGCAGGCUAUCAUGAAGGCAAACCCAGGUAGUGAGUUCAUGUAUGUGGUGGACACCAGACCAAAGCUCAAUGCAAUGGCAAACCGAGCUGCAGGGAAGGGCUAUGAAAACGAAGACAACUACUCCAACAUCAAGUUUCAGUUCAUCGGUAUAGAAAACAUCCAUGUGAUGAGGAAUAGCUUGCAGAAGAUGCUGGAAGUUUGUGAGCUGAAGUCUCCUUCCAUGGGUGAUUUUCUGUGGGGUCUUGAGAAUUCAGGCUGGCUGAAGCAUAUCAAAGCAAUCCUGGAUGCUGGCAUUUUUAUUGCAAAGGCAGUGGCAGAGGAGGCUGUCAGUGUUCUUGUGCACUGCUCCGAUGGCUGGGACAGGACAGCCCAGGUGUGCUCAGUAGCAAGCCUCCUGCUGGACCCCUACUACAGAACUCUAAAGGGAUUCAUGGUCCUUAUUGAGAAAGACUGGGUAUCAUUUGGUCACAAAUUCAACCACAGGUAUAAUCAUUUGGAUGGAGACCCAAAAGAGGUCUCUCCAGUAAUCGACCAGUUCAUAGAGUGCAUUUGGCAUUUAAUGGAACAAUUCCCUUGUGCCUUUGAGUACAAUGAGAGGUUCUUGGUUCAUGUGCACAACCACAUUUACUCCUGCCAGUAUGGGAACUUCAUAUGCAACAGCCAGAAGGAGAGGCGAGAACAGAGAACCCACGAGAGGACGCAUUCACUAUGGCCCCACAUGUGGAAGAACAGUGCAGAUUACAUGAAUCCAUUGUAUAGACCAGACCACAGUCAGACCCAAGGAGUCCUGCGGCCUGAUACUGCCCCCUACUGUUUCAAGUUUUGGCGGGGGAUGUAUAACCGCUUUGAGAAAGGACUGCACCCCAGACAGUCUGUGAUUGAUUUCCUAAUGGCUGUGAAGGAGGAGACGCAGCAGUUGGAGGAGGAUCUGGAGAUCCAUGAGGAGAAAAUAGCCAAGCUGGAAAAGUCGCAAGUAAACAGCAACAAAAUUAAGGCCAAACCAAGAGACAUAAACAAGCACCUGGGGGUGUCCAUUUCUGACAACAGCAUCGCCAACACGCCUCAAGACUACACUGACACUGCAGGCACCUUCCCCUCCUGCAGCCCCUCGCAGCUGGAUGAGGAGAGCUCUGUGCUCAUCCUGACCAGGGACACCCUGAAGAGCUCCGACCCUGACCUUUCCACCAACAGCGACCAGGAGUCAGGGGUGGCGGACCUGAACUGCCGCUCCCCCAGUGGGGGAGACUUCCUCCCCAGUGAGGACAGUGCCAAGGACCCAGACUCUGAUGAGGCUGCCAACUCGGCUGCCUGAGCACAGACCGCUUCCCUGGGGCCUUGGUCUGAAAGAAAUCAGGACAAGCUUUCCGAAUGAGUGAACUGCAAUGACUGUAAAAAGGAACUAUUUAUUAUUAAUUUAUACUUGUUAGGUGUUGUUUUGGAAAGGUGUUACUUGAACAUAGAACAAAAUCUGCUGGUUGCUGGUACAGAGUUUAUCUUUUUCAUGUCAAUGUUUUAAAGAGUACAGUAUCCCCUUUUAGGUCUCAUUUAUCACGGCUAUUGCUGAACACGUGUUUUAUUAUAUUGUUAUAAUCCAAAUUUAACAUUAACAUGUUGGUUGGUAGUUUUUAAUACGCCAUUAAACCUGCAUUGUGUUCAUUUAGAUAUUUAUAAUCAUUUUAAAAGUAAACAAGUCAAACAGUAGUUUUGGCUGGUGUAGGGUUGUAGCGAUACAAGAUUUUUCACAUCAAAAUGCAACCUGGACAGAAUAUGUCGAUAUCCUGGUAUUAUCUGGAUCUAGGACUAACUUUUUUUUUUCUUCUAGAUAAUUUUAAAGAAAGGAACAGGUGGAUUUGUCAACAAUAACAGUAUAGAAUAUAAUUUCAAAUACAAAAUAUAUUUCACUGAAUUCUUGUAAACUUCAAAAGUAGUACAAUAGUACAUGUCCAGACAGUAAACAGACUACAACACUACACUUUAAUUUCAGUAAAUUAUGUUGAAUUAAGAAAGAAAAAGAAGAGCACAUUGCCUGCAAUUCGGAGUCAAACUCGAUUAUACUGACUGCAGAUAAAAAAAAAAAAAAAAAAGAUACUGAAUGCUUUACUGGGGAGGAAAAAAGACUACUAUUCUAAUUAUAUUAUUGAAUUAAAUGGUCACCAUUUAGAUAUUUUUAAAGCAAAGGCCAUUUGUACAAAUGUUCAUGACUUGUAAACCCUGAAAUAUAAAUGUUCAUGUUUCAUUAAAAUAUGAGCUCACUAAGCCGAGGUAGACAAUAGUACUAGCCCUGAACCAAUUUUAUGAUUACAUAAAAACGUCUGAGCCUCUUCUCUCUCUCUCUCUCUCUCUCUCUCUCUCUCUCUCUCUCUCUCUCUAUAUAUAUAUAUAUAUAUAUAUAUAUAUAUAUAUAUAUAUAAAUGGGGUUGUUUUCUGUUAGUUAACACACUCGGUGUGUAGCAAAUAGAUUAAGAGAACACAAAUAAAUCUGCAAAAAGAAAAAAAACUUGCAUCCUUAGCUGUCAUCACUAGAGUAAAAAUGAUAACUUUUUCUCUUUAUACAUGUACCCCUUAUAUAGCUAUGAAACUUUUUCAGAAUGGAAAAAGUUUUUUUUAUUACUAUCAUGCGUAAAUCAAAUUGUUCAGUAUUUGGAAUAGCUGUAUGAAACGCUGUGCUUAUUUGCAAUACGAGGCAUACCAAACGCGUUCCAUUUUUUAUAUAUUUUUCCACAGAAAUAUAUAAUUUAGCGAUACAAAAAUAGAAUAAUCCUAGGUUUUGUGGGGAAAAGUCAAGCUUCUUGCUACACAGGUAAAUGCUAUUAAUUACAACUAGGCUACUUGCAUGUUUUAAAAUUCUAAACUUAAUGCAUGUAGACAUCUUUUAUUUGUAUGUAACUUGGGCCUGCCUUGUAACGAGGAUUAAAUGCGCGCAGUUUAUGCAUGAAUAACAGUAAUCUAGAAUAGCCAGAGACCAGAGAUAGUCAGUGUUGUUUCGAAGCUGGUUAUAUUAAGUUUGACAGAUGAUACAAAUAACAAUUGCUGUAUCGCUGCAACCCUAUGCUAGUGCCUUCGUCACCUUUUCCAGUACCAUUAAGAGAGCACUAGCCACAACGUGAUUUGUUUACUUAUGUUGAGAAAUAUGCAAAUACAGUAGUAGAAAGGUCUUUUAAAGGUAUGAAUUAUCUUGUACAACAAAGGAGAAUCACACUUGUAUAGAUAACACUGUUUUUUUGUUUUUGUACUCCUGUGGCACUUCUAUUACAGUAAGUAGUAGUACAGUUAGUCCUACAUUUUUGGGGAUCUGCUUUUUACCCAACAAAAAUGAAGACUGGCCUUUGAAAAACAUCCUUUGACAUGAUUCGCAUACAAUUAUGAUUUUACUCUUCAAUCACUGACAUUCCUUAUAGGUUUUUUUUUUUAGUGUUCUUUUAAAAAAAGUGUGUUAAACAUUCUGAAUUGUGAAGAAUAUUAAUACAAUUAAUUAAACAUUUAUGUUUGCAUGAAAUAAACCUGUUUUUCAAUUUAUGUCUGUAGAGUAUUGGACAUACUCAGUGAGAACUGUCUACUAUUCUUCAGGGGUAAAAUAAGAUAUUUUCCGUUAAACAAAAGUAAACAAUACUCUAAACAAUUCUUGCAUACAUGUUGUGGUACUUGGUAUGCAAUUUAAAGCAACCUUUAUGGAUUAACUUGGGUUAAAUUAUACAAAAUGUAGCUGCAAAAAUGUCUGCUCUACCAACUUGUAAAUACUUUCUGAGAUACAAGCCAAUUUGGUGCAAUGGAAGACCUUUUUAUUUGUGUCUUGUAAUAUACAUUUUAACAGUAUAUGUUUGUUGUCUAAUGUAUACACUUAAUUUAAAUUGUUGUGUUUCCAUUAAAAUGUCUUUACAUUUACCCACACAAAGCUAUUAAAGACAAAGGAUACCAAAAAUGGCAAAGGGGAAAUAAAGGGUUAGGAUUGAGACAAUCCUGUAAAUUUCUCUUUACAGGAUAUUUCACUGUAAAUAGAGUUAGCAGUAGGUAUUGAUGUGUUUUUGCCCGUGUGCAACUCAUGUUGGAUCUAAACCGUGAUUAUAGGUGUAGUUCUUUGUAUACGUUACUACAAGUAAUCCAGGUGUGAAACUUCUUUAGAUGUAUAAAGUGUUUAACUGAUGAAGAAACUUCAUUUUUAACUUACUACUGAGAGAAAUGUUAUUUCAAACUUUGUUUGGUUCUGAUGUUUGCGUUCUCACUGAAAUAAAUGCAACAAAAAAUGUAA